CUACGGUCGUCGAUCAUUGUCGUCAUCGUCGAUUGGAUCAUUUUCUGGGUGCUCAAAGCCACCUGAAGAAGGCGUAAGAGAGUAGAGAGCAUAUGCAUUUCCUCAUGCAUUUCCUCGUAAGGCAGCUCACUCCUGUCCUCGCCACCAAUCGGGCCCAUCAUGUAACCGACACACGACCCAACACGGACGGGUGGUUGACACAUUCCGUCAGGGACAUAUGAAUCGUCAUAUACAUAUGGACCGUCAUCAAGCCAGACGACUAUAUUCUGCACCCAUCAUGACAAAACCUCGGUGCACAUAUCCCUUCGCGCCAUUGUUCAUGAUUGACCUACCACUUCAGCCGUCUCGUUGCCGUAUGUGACCACAAACACCUCAAGAAGCGUCCCAUUCGCAGAAGGAUGCGAGACAUUCAUCUGUACCCAGUCCUCAUAAGUAUAAUCACAUCCGUCGUCAGUCGAUGUAGUUGAUCUCCUCCGAUCGACAAAGCCCACAGCUUCGCUGCAUACAAAUUAAAGGGCUGCCAACAUGUGUGUCUCUUCUUCAGUGUACCGAUCAAUGAAUCCAAUCACGUCUGCGUCGCCAGCAAGGUCGCGGUACUGGCAACUCACACUCACCAUCAUCAGCCCACACAGUGACGUUCUGCAUUCACAUCUACGCUCACACGCAUUGGAUUUCACAUGCUCACUAUCUCCUUACCACCACUUCAACAGCAGGAUAGAGGCCCAGAAACACAACUUUUCCCUCCACAACGGAACCAU